GCCAGCGAAUCAACCUCCAAGUGCCAGGGAUCAGGGCGGAGGCUCGGGGCGCUAGGCGGGGAUCAGGGCGGAGGCUCGGGGCGCUAGGCCGGGGAUCAGGGCGGAGGCUCGGGGCGCUAGGCCGGGGAUCGGGGCGCUAGGCCAGGGCAGAGGAUCGGGGCUCUAGGCGGAGGAUCGCGCUAGGCCGAGGAUCAGGGCGGAGGCUCGGGGCGCCAUGGGGAACAGUAAAAGCGGGGCGCUGUCCAAGGAGAUCCUGGAGGACCUGAAACUCAACACCAAGUACACGGAGGACGAGCUGUGCAAGUGGUACGAGAGCUUCCAGAAGCAGUGCCCGGACGGGCGCAUCAGCCGGGCCGAGUUCGAGAAGAUCUACGGCAACUUCUUCCCCAACUCGGACCCCAAGGUCUACGCCCGGCACGUCUUCCGCAGCUUCGACACCAACGACGACGGGACGCUGGACUUCCGGGAGUACAUCAUCGCCCUGCACCUCACCUCCUCCGGCAAGACCAACCUCAAGCUGGAGUGGGCCUUCUCCCUCUUCGACGUCGACCGCAACGGGGAGAUCAGCAAGAGCGAGGUGCUGGAGAUCAUCACGGCAAUAUUUAAGAUGAUUCCCCCUGAAGAGCAGAAAAUGCUGGCUGAGGACGAAAACACCCCCCAGAAACGAGCCGACAAGCUCUGGCACUACUUCAAAAAGGAGGAAAAUGACAAAAUCGCCGAGGGGGAGUUCAUCUCCGGGGUGAUGAAGAACGAAGCCAUCAUGAAGCUGAUCCAGUACGAACCCAAGAAAUAGGAAGGCCGAGGUCCCGGGCUGGGAAGGGAACAGCAACCUGGAGGGAGAGCAGGCGCCGCUCCCCCGCCGUGUGCAUGGAGUGAGCGAGAAAACGAGUGAAUGAGAAAACGACGAAACGAAUGAAUGAAACGAGACGUGUGAGAGGGGCCCGACCCAUCUCCAGCCAUACGCUGCCAUGUCGGUCUUCACCCCUUUCCCCGGGUAGCUGCAUCCCUCCUCCUCCUCCUCCAACAGACCAUCCGCCGCUUCCAAACAGGCUGUCGUGGGGGGCCUAGGCAGGGGGUACCCCCCCCGAGAACCCCAGGGGGCAGAAAGGAGCAGGGGAAAAGUGUGGGAGGUGAAAGAGAGGAUGAUGAGAAAGGGAGGAUAGGAAGGAGAGAAAGAAAAAUGGAGCAAUGAAGGAAGGAAAGAGGAGGGAUGUAAGAGGAGCGAAGGGAGGAAGGAGAAAUGGAGAUUUAAAAGGAGAAGGCAGAGAACGGGAAAUGAGAGGGGAGAAAUGGCUGAUGGAAGAGAAGGAUCAUAUAAAGGUGCUGCCAGAGAGGCACUGAGAUCGGGGCCCCGUCGGGCCGGGCGCCGCCCAGACACAGAGUCACCGAGAUCGGGGCCCCGUCAGGCCGGGCGCCGCCCAGACACAGAGUCGCUGAGAUCGGGGCCCCAGGGCGCUGCCCAGACAGCGUGAGAGCCGAGCGUUGAACCCAGGCAUCCGGUCUCCUCGUCUAACGCUCCAGCCUCGGCUCCUCAGCAAAACCCCCUCUCAAGUGGCACAAACCAACGACCACAGUGCAGGGCCCUGAAGACGGCUCUGCCUUUCUCCAUUUGCGUCUUCUCUUCCUGCCCCCUUGGUCUGAUUCCUCCCCUCUCUCCAUGGGCCUCCGAGGCAGCUCAUUCACCCCCCCGCCCCCACUGAAGCCUGUUUGGAAAACACCCCCCCACCCCCACAUUCAUGUUGUGUUCUGCAGUUUGUGUUUUUGUCUCGUUUCUUCCCCACCCCCGAGCCAGCGGGAUUCCCGGCCCAGCGCUGGUGGGGGUGGCAGGAGGGGAGACAAAGGGCAUUUGUCUUACGUUUCUGUACUGGUGUCUGGUUUUCAAUAAAG